ACCUGCCUGGCUCGGGCAGGGCCUCCUGAGACUCAGCUGGGAGAUCUGGCAGGCAGGCGGCUGGGGCAGGCUCCGGGGCCAUGGAAGCCACAGCGGAGCCCAUGCUCUAUCGGAAACUGCUGCUCUGGGAGGAGAGCUGGGAGUCUGGGGAAGAAGAGGAGGAGAUAGCAGAGCCGCUCGUUCUGGGCCCCUGGAAGCCGCAGGACUCCUCUGGGAAGAAAGUUGGUGCUCGGCCCGGGGCCUGGGCUCAGCUAGUGGCCGCCCUGCUGCUGUUGGCCGUUGGCUUCUCCCUGGCCGUGUGGCAGCUCCACACCAGGGCUGGCGCUACAGAAACCUCGGGCUCUGGGGCCCCUCCCCCCAGCGGGCACUCCCACCGCCCUGGCGUCUACCACCACGGUGCCAUCAUCAGCCCUGCAGCCCCGUGCUCCGACCUGGGCCGAGAGCUGCUUGUUGCCGGGGGCAAUGUCGUGGACGCCGGAGUUGGAGCAGCUUUGUGUCUGGCAGUAGUGCAUCCUCAUGCCACAGGGCUAGGUGCCAUGUUUUGGGGCCUCUUCCACAAUAGCUCCUCGGGCAAUUCAACCGCCCUGACAUCAGGCCCGGCCCAGACCCUGGCCCCCGGCCUGGGGCUGCCCUCGGCUCUGCCGACCCUGCGCUUGCUGCACACACGCUUCGGCCGCCUGCCCUGGCCACGGCUGCUGGUGGGCCCCACCACACUGGCUCAAGAGGGUUUCCUGGUGGACACACCCUUGGCCAGGGCUUUGGCAGCCCAGGGCACAGAGGGUCUCUGUCCACUACUUUGCCACACUGAUGGGACCCCCCUGGGCCCUGGGGCCCGUGCUACCAACCCUAAACUGGCAGCUGUGCUACGCAGGGCAGCACUGGCCCCCACCCCAGACUUUGCUGAGGAUGCUCUACUGAGUCUGCUGGCCAGAGACCUGGGGCUGGAGAGACCCUCAGCUGAGCCUAUGCCCACCUUGGAGCCAGCACUGCAGCUAACGUCGGCCCAGGGCAUCCUGUUCACCACCCCCAGCCCCUCAGCUGGCCCAGAACUCCUGGCAUUGCUGGAGGCAGCCCUGCAGUCUAGAGGACUCAGCCCUGCUCCGUGCCCACCACCCCUACACGCUAAUGAGACCCCCGUGAGCAGUGUCCUGGCCACCGUGGAUAGCAGCGGCUCUGUGCUCCUUCUCAUCGCCUCACUCAACAGCUCCUUUGGCUCUGGACGCCUGUCCCCAAGCACUGGGGUUCUACUCAGCAACCUAGUGGACAAGUCCGCAGUUAGUACCUGGGCCUGCCCCCUCAUUCUUCGUGGUAGCCCAGAUGGCACAGAGGACGAUGUGUUGGGGCUGGUGGCUUCAGGGACCCCCGCAGUAGCCAGAGUGACAAUUCAGGCCCUGCUCAGCCACCUGGCCGGGUCCCAAACCCAGGCCCAGCACCAGCACCAGCACCAGCACCAGAACCAGCAAGGACCGACAGAGGCCUCCAGUGUUUGUGGCCAAGGAACCCUGCUCCGGGUGGCAGCCCAUGCAGAGCACGCCCACGUCUCCAGUGUACCCAGUGGCUGCUGCCCCUUCCAGGGCUUCUAAGCGGGCAGGCAGAGCAGGCCCAGCUGCGAUGGAGUGUGCAGAGUAUGCCUGGAUUAUGUGCUCACGGCUGGCUGAAGCCCUCAGACUCUGGCCUGGUCAGUUACGGGGACUGGCUCUUCUCAGCUAAGGAAACUGAGGAUAAUAAGAAAAGAGCACCAGGGCCUGGGGCCAGCCCUGAGUUGGGGUCCAGCUCUGGGGAGGAAAGAAGGACGAAUGCCAAGUGCCUGCCUAGGCUCUGGGCUCCGUGGGCAGGGCAGGCAGAGCCCGGGGUACUGCUGGCAUCUCCAUCCUCCCCUUCAGGCCACCCUCUGCUGAUCUCCCUCAAUGAGGCUGGAAACAAAAUAAAGAUCAAGUCCCACGGAUGCCAUGUGCCAUUCCUGCUACUUGGUUAAUUUCCCGUCAGUCUUUGAGGCGCCUGUGUCAGGGCUUCCCCCUGGAGCAGCACAGGA